AUGGGCGAAUUACUGCAGCUGAAAUGGGGAGAGAUGCCUAGCGCAGAGAGCAGUCUGCUGCUCGCUGCUCACCGCCCGUGGGACCGCCGCCGAUUUCUGUAUCCAUAUGAAAUUUCAGAUGAAUGGGUUCAAAGGGAAAGACGAGCCUAUUUUGGGCGGCGCGUGCAUUCGGAGCGCGGAGUACAAUAUUUCGGCGGCACACGAUUCCGUUUUAAUAACGGCCCGGAUGGAUACGCGUUCAAACAUUGGGGCGGGCUC